UCCGUAUCCGUGAUGUGAUCGUAAUUCGUAAUGUCAGUGUUUAUUUUACAUCAUUCGCAAUAAAUAAUCGUCGCAAAGUAAAAUGUAAAGUGAAACCAGUUUUAAAAAUAAGUUGCUUUUUUAAUUGUAAACAUGUCGACAUUUAUAAAUCACAGAGACGACAGUUCAGUGAACGUCGAGGAAGCAAUAACAAAAGAUAGUGUAACGUAUUAUAAAAUCGUUGUAAAAGUGGGUUUCGUGCAGUGGGAUGUAUGGCAUCGGUACAGUGAUUUUGUAGAGCUCCACGAUAAACUGGUGAACGAUUAUGGCGUCGCUAAGGACCUGCUUCCGCCGAAGAAGGUCAUACGCAACAAGACCCCUAAAUUCAUUGAACACAGACGAGAGGCCCUCAAAGAGUAUCUCAAUAAUGUAUUUAAUUUCUUGAAUCUAAAUUUGCCUUCAGACUUUGCUCACUUCUUGGACUUCCAUUUAUACGACAUAUUAUUUUUAUUACAAGAUUUAGCAAAAAAACUUUAUUUGGAAGGAGAUAAGAUGUUACAAAAUGAAAAAAUACAUAAAUUCACACCAUUACAGCUACACGCAAUCAGUGAAAGAUUCAAAAUGGCGUGUCCACCGACAGAGAAGCUGGACCAAAUGUACGACUUCAGUCACAUUCUCGACUUCUGUUCACAAGUCCGCUCGCUCAGCAUAGAGGGGAGUUAUGAGAAACUGGGCACAAGUAAUAUUGUGCCUAAUGAUUUGAAGUUUGAUUUGAUACCGUUCAAGUCGCUGAUGGAUUUGAAGGUUCUUGGUGUGCCCAUGGCCUGUAUACAGAGUGUUGGCAGUUUACGCGAUACAUUAUGUAGUUUGUCAGUGCUGAUAGCAACAGUGGUGUCGCUCAACGAAUUUCUGCUUGUUGAUGUUCUACACAAGGACCCUUCCAGUAUAACUGAUUCUAUGAUAUGGAAGAAACUAACAACCAUAAACUUCUCCAGUAACAACAUAGCGAAAGUGGACUGGGCGAUACGGCUCGUGCCGAAGCUGCAACAUCUCAACCUAUCUUCCAAUAGAUUAGACGAGCUCUGUGACGUGUCCUGCCUUCACGAUCUUCAAGUACUAAACCUAUCGAUGAAUCGAUUCAGCACCUGCGAGAAUUGGCACGAGAAAAUCGGAAACAUCGUCAAAAUCGAUUUAUCGCAGAACAAAGUCCAAUCGUUACAGGGUUUCUCGAGACUGUACUCGCUAGAGAGUUUAGAUUUAAGUUGCAACGUUAUUACGGAUGUAGAGGAAGUCCAACAUAUAUGUAAACUGCCGUGCCUAGAAUAUCUAUGGUUGACCGCCAAUCCCGUGGCAUCGUCCAUAGAUUAUAGAGUUAAGGUGUUAGAACAAUUUAAUUCUAGAAUGUCAGAGCUAUGUUUGGAUAACGAAAAAGCGUCAGAAAAAGAAUUGGACACGGCUCGAGUUUUGCAAGCGUUGAGGGUAGUUAAAGAGAAGAAGACGCCGAGCUUCUUGCAGAACAAUAAUACGAGCCAUAGUUUUCAUAAAAGUUGACGACUGAUGUGAUUUGUUUUGUAGUUAAUUUUUGUACAAUAUUGUAACGAUUUUGGUACUGAUGUAUGUCAGUAGUAUUUAUACGUAAGAGAAUAUAUUUUUCGUCUGAGCCUUCAUAAAUGGCUAUUGCUUGAAUUAUGCUAAAAAAAUAGAAGCUAGAAAUAUUCUAGCUUUGAUUGACUUUAUUAAAAUAUAAUAAUGACAGCUUGAUUAUACCAGUUUAUCUUUUUGAGUAUUGAAAAUUAUUUGUUAUUCUUAUACAUGCUAUUCUUAGGAAUAAUUAAUCACUCUUAACUUGUGAUAAACUUUAAUUUAUAAGCCUUUUGUAUUAGAAGUAACUUUUUCUAAUUGUGAUUGUUUUUUGAAGUGAAACUUCUUUAGGCGCGUUAAGAAUAAAAUUUCAAGGUCGAGUCAUGGCAAUACCGCACGUCAUGGAAUAAGGCGAGGAUACGAUUUUGGUACCUUUGAUUCUUGCCAAAGAAGUUUCACUUCUGACACGUGUGCUCGGCACGCACGCUCUUUUUUAUGUUACAGAUUUUUGUAUUUUUGUUUUGUGUAACAGAUUGUUUUUUUUUUAAUAACCAUUCUGAAAUGUGGUUGGUGCUAAAGCGUUCAGUUACCUACUCGAUUGUUCUAAAAUAUUUUUUUACAGGACAAGAAAGUAUACGCAAGAUAGCUUUUUAUUUGCAAUACUAUUUUCAACUUAGAGCGGCCGUACACGGGCGGCUCGAGCAGUCCGUUUUUGGCAGUGAAUGAAUGUCCAUAGUUCACCGCGAGAUCGCGGCUUCAAGACGUCGGUCUCAACUGCUUGUAGCGGUUUGUGUAUGGCCGCCCUUAUACUCAUUCUCAGCGUUUUGUUAGUAAUAAUAUUAUAUUCCAUUAUUUUUCCAUUUGUAACGAUUUUUUGCGUAUUUUUUGUUAAAAUGUGAAGUAAUUAAUAAGUAAAAUAGAUAAUUAAGAAAUGACUAAAAUUUUAUAUGACCAUAUAGUGCAUUUCUAUUAGAUGCUGAACCUAUAAGAUUAUUUCAUGGUAGUCUUCUUGCCUACUGUAGCCUUGAUUAGAUCAACUAAGUUUCUUGUGCAUAACAGAAAAGCAUUUCCAUCAAAAAAUAAUUUUGUUAUGAUCCGUCUUCGAUUAAAUAUUUGGUACAUAACUCAAAAUAACAUCAUUUCUCGUCUAGUACAUAGGGACUAAAAUAGUAGCAAAAAAUAUACUUACUUAUCAUUUUUGAAUUUGCCUUUUUGUUGGAAAUUAACAAGGCGGAGUAAAUACGGUUUCUUUUAUGCAAUAUAUUUAGUUAGAAGCUACUGUAAGAUAACCAUUAUUAUAAUUAAGUAAAAGAUCAUAUUUUGUGUAAUAUUAGUGUAUGAAAUACAAUGUGUAAAUAAUAUAAUCGAUGACUAAACUACACCAUACAAGGUGCAAUAGUAUUGUUUUCUAGAAGUAUUAUAUUUGUGAUUUUUUAUUGUGAAACAAUAUGUAUUGUGUUAUUAAAGUUAUUUCACGUUA